AUGUUUGCAGCGAGCGAAGAAAACCCCCCUGCCGAAACUCAGAUUAUUCUAGGGUCAUUCGAAGAAGCCAUAUCCACCGAAUGCCUACGCCACAAGCCUUUGGUGGAGUGGUUUGUGGACUUCUGCGGGCCGAAGGAUGAAGAGUCUGAGGAACAACGGUGGGAGCUUGGAGAUGUAGGGGACUUGGGGUUUGUGUUCAAAAACGGCAACGUUGAAAUCUAUCAGUCAGUGUCCCAGCUCGGCUAUGUAUUUGACCUUGCGCUCGUCAGCAAGUCGCCGUCACAUCCAGAUCCUAUCCGCAAAGCGCGUAUCGUCGACCCAAUGUAUAUCGAUCUGGACCUUGUCAAACACUGGAAGAACGAGUGCCUGACGUCUCAUGGCACUACAUGCCAAAACUCAAUGAAAAUCUGGCACACCCGCCCGGCCUGGCUUGUGGACGUGAAGCAAAUGUGUGUUGUCCCCGGCGAUGACCCUGCCGUCGGCUCAUCGUUUAUCGCUCUAAGCUACCACCAGGGAUCAUCACCCGGCGUCAGUGUCAUUCCUGAGCUCAUGUUGGACCUACAGCGGCCCGGAGUACUUGAUGAAGACGAGGCUGGCAGCUGGGUGUCCCAACUGAUGACCCCUAUAAUCCGACACGCCAUCUACCUCACCUCGACCCUUGAUGAGCGGUAUAUCUGGGUCGACGCCCUCUGCAUAGUCCACGGCGAUGGAACAACUACUGAUCAGUUAGGCCUCAUGGGAGCCAUCUAUGCUAGCGCAACGGUGGUCAUUAUUGCCGCGGACGGCGACGCGCAGGACGGCAUUUCUGGUCUCAGAGGGAUAUCUCAAUCAUGCCCUCGAGAGUUUGAACAACACUCAUUCCCAUUUGAGGAUGAGGAAACAAUUGUUGCGAGACAUCUUCAGCGAAUUGGAUUUUUUGGCGGCCUAUACUUCAAUCGCGGCUGGACAUUUCAAGAGUAUUGGAUGGCCAGCCGCAAAAUCCUCUUUCACGGUGGUCUGGCACACUGGGAGUGUCAGUGCAGCCAAUGGCAUGAAGAUCUAGCUCACCUAGAACAGCUCUGUACAUUCAUCAACCCAUGGCUUCGUGACAUUUUGGCUGGGUUCCCGAACCUCGGCUUGCUGGGCAGUAUCAUCAAUAGAUACAACCAACGGGAGCUCCGAUACGAAGAGGAUGCGCUACCUGGGAUCACCGGUCUUCUGUCAGUCCUCAGCCGUUCAUACACCGGUGGCUUCUUAUAUGGAAUCCCGGAAACUUUCUUCGACCGGGCCAUUGGAUGGACGGUACCAUCGUGGGAGAUGGUACGGCGUGUGUCCUCAGAUCGCCCUAAUCACCUGAAAUUUGCAGCGGGUUUGCCCUCCUGGUCUUGGGUCGGAUGGCAAGGCGACGUCGAUGUCGGAGAAGAGGCGCAGCGCAUCAAUCACCGGAAGACGUUUAUCACCGAGACAAUCCCGAUCACACAGUGGUACACCGGGGACUCCCCAACGACUCCUCCACAGGCACGCCGGCGGAUACGGUCGAGUUGGUAUGACCAAAGAGACACCUGGAAGAAACGCGCCGCAGAGCUCGCCUCGCCAUUGCCGGACGGAUGGACCCGCUACGAGGUCAAACCUGGAGACAAACUGGAAUUUGACAAGCGGGAAUUUGACGAGCCACUCCUGUGGCCAGAAGGAUGUGGAGGAUAUGUAUAUAAGCACGAAAACUUGCGCGGGGCCGACUGGGGCCCUACAGAUGCCUUCUUCUAUCCCUUUCCUGUACCGAAGAUCACGGAGUCGACCCCUCCUGAGAUGCCCAAGCAGACGGCGUAUUUAUUCUGCACAACCCAACGAGUGCGUCUCUGGACUCGUGGGCAGAAAAUCGAAACCAAACACGGCGAAAACACCAACUGCAUAUACCUAGAUGAUGAGGUGGGCGGUAGAGUGGGCACCCUUCGACUACAUAAUGAAGAUCAGUUGGAAUGGCUGGAAGCUGAAUCGGCGGGCACUGAAAGGGGUGUGCAACUUGAGCUUGUGGCGAUCAACCGGGUGCUGACGUGGGCAAAGACCUUCAGCGAACAACUGCAGAGGUAUGCCCCCCCUCGCUGGACUAAAGAUGAACGUACGGUCUUGUGGAUAGAGUGGGAAAAUGGGGUUGCGUAUCGCAAAGCAGCGGGCCGUAUCGGAAAGUCGCAUUGGGAAAAUCUUCAUCUUGAAGAUGUUGAAUUGGUCUUGGGAUAA